GCAACCAUGAAACCAAACGUAGCCUGCACUACCGCGGUGCUAGCCCUGCUACUGGCCGGUACAACAGUCGUGACGGCUCAGCGAGACUAUAGAAGUGAAAGUCUGGAUCUCCUGCGGCUCCUGGCUGAUAAGCCAUUCAUCGGACUGGGGCCCCAUAACCGCUGGGACCGUGCUCCUCGUAUUGAACUCGACAUCGGUGCUGCCAACCUGGAACCACACUCACAAGCUCUUAGAAACUAUGAAAACAAAGAUUAUUUGAAAAAUUAUGUCGACGACGAUAUAAGGCGAAUGGGGUCCGAGAAAAGGUCUGCGGUAGCGACUGCGCUGAACUCGGGCCGCCGGAGACGCCAGCCUACGCCGGCGCUCGGUAAGGCAGUCACGCCGUAUGUCGGCGUCGGUGUCCUUAACGACGUAGGCUCCUUCUUCGACUCUCUACGUGACAAUUUGGAGACGCUCGCCUCGCUUUCACCGCAGCAACGGUCUACGCUGUUCCAAGAUCCUCCGACUGUGGUCCAGGCACCAUCUGCUGGUGGUGGUGGAGGUGGCACUGGUAUGAGGAGGCUGCAUGCUCUACGACCACUGCGUCCUACUGGAAAUAUCAGAUCUUACAACCGCAGAUCGUUCGUGGAGGCGGACGGCGGGUACCCGGGAGCAAACCACCACGACCCUGGCUUGCUGUGGACCGGCCUCGGACGGUAGACUAGCCAACCCUCCCUUCGUACAGCAUAGAGCAUAUACCUUGCCAAAUUUAAUCCACUCCCCAUAUGUUAGAAUACCAUCUGAACAUC